GGCCCAGUGUGAAGUUUAUGAAUGAACGGGGGUGGCGCUCUUUCCCAGUACGCUCUCUGUUUGUGACGGAGUUGCAGUUUGGCGCCAAAGCUGCAGGAUGGCGUCCCAAGUGAAGAGUAAAGUUUCGGCUGUUUUUAAAAUGCACGGAUUAAUUCUGAGAUCUAACGCUGCCAAAUUUCUCGUGGAUGUCCUGGAAUCAGUCAGUGAGUCAGAGCUUGAAGAUACAAUCGAACGUAUUAUUGAUGCAGUAGAAAAGCAGCCAUUGAGUUGUAACAUGAUAGAGCAAUCAAUGGUGGAAGCAGCAGUCCAGGAAUGCAGUCAGACAUGUGACGAAACAAUAGAACAUGUUUUCAAUAUAAUUGGUGCAUUUGAUAUCCCUCGUUAUAUCUACAAUUCGGAAAAGAAGAAGUUUUUACCGCUUUCAAUGACAGAUCAUAGUGAACCUUGUCUGUUUGGAACUGCCAGGAACAAAGCUGAACUUUUUUGUGAGCGCUAUGCCAUUAUGCAACAGCGAACUCAUAGGCAUGAAUUAUUUACGCCUCCUGUGACAGGGUCCCACCCCGAUGAGAACAGGAAUAAGUUUCAACUAAAAACCAUAGAAACCCUCCUUGGCAGCAUAUCAAAAGUUGGAGAAGUCAUUGUUCUGGGAAUGAUAACACAGCUUAAAGAGGGCAAGUUCUUCCUUGAAGAUCCAACUGGAACAGUCCAGCUUGACCUCAGCAAAGCUCAGUUUCAUAGUGGUUUAUAUACUGAAUCCUGCUUUGUUCUUGCAGAAGGGUCGUAUGAAGAUGGAGUUUUUCAUGUAAAUGGAUUUGGAUUUCCACCUACUGAACCUUCCGCUGUUACAAGAGCUUAUUAUGGCAACAUCAAUUUUUUUGGUGGUCCUUCUGCUACAUCAGUGAAAUCUUCUGCGAAAUUAAAGCAAUUGGAGGAAGAAAAUGAAGAUGCCAUGUUUGUUUUUGUAUCUGAUUUGUGGCUGGAUCAGGCGGAAGUUCUUGAAAAACUUCACAUGAUGUUUUCAGGUUACUCAUCCAUGCCACCCACUUGUUUCAUCUUCUGUGGUAAUUUUUCCUCUGCUCCAUACGGAAAAAAUCAGAUCAAAGCUCUAACAGAAUCACUGAAAACCCUUUCAGAUAUUAUCUGUGAAUACCCCAAUAUCCAUAAAAACAGCCGCUUUGUUUUCGUUCCUGGUCCGGAAGAUCCAGGUCCAAGUUCUAUCUUACCCAGACCUCCACUAGCUAACUACAUUACAGAAGAGUUCAGUAAGAGAGUUCCAUAUUCUGUAUUUACUACAAAUCCCUGCAGGAUUCAGUACUGCACACAGGAGAUUAUAAUUUUUCGUGAGGAUCUGGUUAACAAGAUGUGUAGAAAUUGCAUCCGAUUUCCUAACAGUAAUUUGGAUAUUCCAAACCAUUUUGUGAAGACCAUCGUUGCACAAAGCCAUCUGACACCACUGCCACUGUAUGUUAGUCCAGUCUACUGGGCAUAUGAUUAUGCUCUUUGUGUGUACCCAGUACCAGACCUGCUUGUAUUUGCUGACAAAUAUGAUCCAUUCAACAUUGUCCAUACAGACUGCAUCUCUGUCAAUCCUGGCUCAUUUCCACGCAGUGGUUUCUGCUUCAAGGUGUACUAUCCCUCAAGUAAAACUGUGGAGGACAGUAAACUUCAGAAUCUUUGAGUGUGAAUUUCAAGAGAUUGGAAAAGUAUGGACAUUGCAGAACUAUGUUUGCACAUCAGCAUCUGGAGAUAAUAUUGAUGAUUUCAUGUUUAUUUGUAUAUAUUUAUAUUGAUGCUUUUUAAAUAAAUUAAA